AUGUCAACCCAAUAUCAUCAUCUACUACUAUGUGUUGUUCUUAACAUACUUGUACUUUCAGCUUGGCAAAUCGCGGGAAAAAAUACACUUCCAGAAGGACUUAUCUUGUUAGGAGAAAACGACCAAGUUCUAAACUUGGUACAAGAAGGAGGAAAACCGACUGGACGUUUUUGCAACGGUAGGUUGGUCACCAAUUUCCUGUCACAGAUGUUAGGGAUAAAAAAUUCAAUACCCGCAUAUCUGGAUCCAGCUUUUGGUAUUGAAGAUUUUGCUACCGGAGUUAGCUUUGCUUCAGCUGGAACUGGGUAUGAUGAUGCUACUUCAAACCUGUUCGCUGUGAUACCUUUAUCUAAAGAACUGGAAUACUUCAAAGAGUACCUGAAGAAAUUAUCAUCCUUUCUUGGAAAGGAUGGCGCGGUAAAGACAGCAAGAGAAUCGUUGUAUUUUAUCAGCAUUGGAGCGAACAAUUUUCUCCUGAACUACUUCACCGUGCCCGCACGGUCGACAUCUCAAUAUACGAUAGCUGAAUACGAGGAUUUUCUCAUUGGAAUUGCGAGAAAUUUCUUGAUCGAGCUUUACAGUUUGGGUGCUAAAAAUAUAGUAUUAGUAGGGCUUCCUCCUAGUGGUUGCCUACCAUUAGUAAAAACUUUGAAUCUCGUUCCUAGAAGACCGAGUUUGGAAGAGAUGAAAAAAGCUAGUAAAGACUUUAAUGUCAAGUUACAAAAUUUGGUGGCGACUUUGAGCAUAGAGCUUGAUGGGAUCGAGUUGGUGUACGCAGAUAUCUACAAUCCUCUUCUAAAGAUCAUUCAAAAUCCAAACCUAUACGGUAAUUAA